CACCAGCGUGAGCCGGGCUGACGUGGGCACCUACCGCUGCGUGGCACACAGUGUGGCCAAUACCCGCCACAGCCAGGAUGCCUGGCUGAUCCUGAAGGUUUAACUUGGGGCCUGCUUAGUACGCCAGAGCUGCUUAGCCCUGAUACAGGCAGACCUCGGAAGUAUUGCAGGUUCCGUGCCAGACCACAGCGAAUAUCACAAUAAAUGGGAUCCCCACGGCUCCUGCAGGAGCCCGAGAUUCUGUCUGGACCUCAGAACCUGAUGCUCACGGUACACCAAACGGCAGUGCUGGAAUGCAUCGCCACAGGCCACCCACGGCCACUGGUCUCCUGGAGCCGCCUGGGUGGCCGCUCCAUCGGCGUAGAGGGCAUCCAAGUCCUGGGCACCGGGAACCUCAUGAUCUCCGAUGUGUCGGUCCAGCACUUAGCCGUCUACGUCUGUGCAGCCAAUCGGCCGGGAACCCGGGUCCGACGCACAGCACAGGGCGUCCUGCUCGUGCAGGCUCUGCCCAAGUUUGUCCAGUGGCCACAAUCCUUGUCCAGGCCUCCAGGCAGCAGCACCAUCUUCACCUGCAUGGCCCAGGGCGUCCCCGAGCCCCGGCUGGCCUGGUUGAAGAAUGGGAAGGGGCUGAGUCCCGGGGAUAACAUUUGGCUAACCCACAGCAACAGCACACUGAUGCUGGCGGGGAUCUCAGCAGAGGACGAGGCCAUCUACCAAUGCGUGGCAGAGAACAGCGCGGGCUCCAACCAGGCCAGUACCCGCCUGGCUGUGACAGGGGACCCAGAGCCACUCCCUGCCCCCAGGGGUCUGCAGGCAAUGGCUCUCUCCACCUUUGCCAUUCAAGUGUUCUGGGAACCACCGCCCUACAAUGGGGACAUCACUGGCUAUGUGCUGCACCUCCGGCCAGUUGGAGGAUGAUGCUCAUACCAGUGACAAGACCUCCAGCAAGGCUGGGCCCUGCCCCUCCCCAACUGCACAAGGGGCGUAAGCAGCUUUAACUAAUAAAUGUGGCAGGGGACCAAGAGGUUAAGAACAGCCCCAAACUUCAGGUCCCUGAGGAAGUAACAUCCUCUCCUCUGGGUGGGCCUGGUCUAAGAGCUUUGUUGGAAAUAAACCAAAAUGGAAAAAAUAAAUUAGGAUCUGGUUAAUGUUCUGGAUUGAAAGGAAAACCUGGGGAAGUGGGGGUGAUGACAUGGUAAGACAGAGCGGUUCCAGAUCUUUCAGGGCAUGUUGCACUGAGGCUGAGGAACU